GUGAUUAUAUAAACAACAGAAUCAAUCAACUCAUUACCAAAUUGAAACAUUCAAACUUUGCUAAUAUACCUACAUUUUCUUCACUACUAGCUAUUGAUAUCUGUUUCCCUUCCAUGGCUUCAAAUAUUAACCAUCAAGUAGCUACCUAUUACCGUUACAAUUACCUUCACUCUGUGCGUCAUCAUCGUGAUGAAUUCAGGUUAGAUCAACCUGCUGAAUUGGUUCUGGAUUCACGCGACAAUUACCAAGGGUGGCGCCAAGCGAUGAACUUGGAGCUCGAAAGUAGAAAGAUGCUGUGGUUUGUGCAUGGCACCGAUAAAGAGGUGAUGAUGAACGAACCAAAAAUCUAUAGAGAAUGGGAGGAUCGCAAAGAGCAUGUUCUGUCAUGGAUCCUCGAUUCCAUCUCGGAGAAGAUAAAAAUUAUUAUUGCGGAAGAUUCGUCCAAUAAUGAAGUUGGCCUGUGGAAAGCUUUGAUGAAAUUUUUCUCCCACCAUGAUCAUCAGUCCAUAAUCUCAGAUAUUAAGGAAGAAAUCAAAUCCCUCAGACAAGAAAGACGAACUCUGAUGGAAUAUAAGAUCAAGUUCGAUGCGCUUUGGAUGGAAUAUGACAUGCUCGAUGUGAACAAUGACAAGAGCAAGAGGGAGCAAGAAAGAGCCAAGAGGUUCCUUGAGGGUUUGAAUGCCACCUUCGAUAAAACAAGAUCACUGAUAAAGAAACAGACACCUUUUCCAUCGCUUGAGAAUUUCUUUGAUUUGGUAGCUCGAGAAGAUCAUGAUGAAGCAUUGAUAUUCAGCGUGCAUAUCCAAGAUCAACCCGUCAAAGUGCACACCGGAAUUGAUGAGAAGCAGCCGAUUCUUCUUUCCGAUAUCCAUGUACACGAGUUAAAGCCAACGCCAGCCGGAGCACCAUAUCGCUGCGAUGGAUGUAAAGAACGAGGGUGUGGACGCAGUUACCGUUGUGAAGAAAAAAAUUGCAGUAAAGGUUAUGUCCUACAUGAAGAAUGUGCAAACGCUGUUCUUCAUCGUCAAGACAAGAAAAGUCAUCCAUUUUUCGAAGGACAAGAAUUCGAGUUCCGAGAUAAAGUCCAUGGGAAGCCUAGGGUUUGUAAUGCUUGUAGAAUGGACGUGCGAGGCUUUGUGUAUCAUAGCGAAGCUAGAAAAAAGGACACAGGCUUGGAUUUGCAUCCAUGUUGUUUGAACCUAAGUCGCGAGAUUUCUUAUGAAGAUUCAGGUGCAACAAAGACACUCACAUUGAAACGAGAUGUUCCGGAAAACUGUGUUCAAUGUAAGCGUAAAAAAGUUGGGGAUGAUAUCAAAGUUAAAGGGUGGUCAUAUUCAACUUCCGAUGGAGAUUAUUGCUAUCAUGUUUCUUGUUUUAAGGAACUGUUUCUUGAGAGUUUGAGUAAUUAUUUCCCGGAAAAGAAAAUGCAGACCAAUACUGUUGAGAAUAAUAAGAAAGUUGCCAAAGUUAGAGGACCAUCAACUUCCAAAGAUAAUAUUUUCAAGAUAGCAACAUUGGUACUCAAGAUAAUAUUUUCAGCUCUUUUUGGAGAUCCUGUUUCUUUUGUUCUUGCUCUAGUGGAAGGCACAGUUACCGCCGCUUUUAAUAAUUAAGUAGUUUCAUUAUUGUUUGUCUUCUUUUUCAUGGCCUACUUUUCUUUUUCUACUGGGGAUUUCACUUUUGUUUCAGCUAGCCAAUAGAUUGUAUUUCUAUUUAUCUUUGAAUAAUGUGAGUUUGG